UUAUGACCCGCGCUGAAGCUCCCAGUCCCGGCUUUCACGGUGCUGUGGUCGGUGGUCAGGAACUGUCUUCCUCCGCUUCCCCGAGCCUCUUCGCGGUGUUGCCGCUCUCUCCGCUGCCUGCUCUUCCGGAUCAUGGUGUGCUUCCGCCUUUCUCCGGUGCCCGGCUCGGGGCUCCUUCUGCUCUGCCUCCUUCUGGGAGCUGUCUCAUCUUAUGCAUUAGAACUUAAUUUGCAGGAUUCAAAAAAUGCCACUUGCCUUUAUGCAAAAUGGCAGAUGAAUUUCACAAUAAGUUAUGAAACUACAAGCAAAAGUAAUAAAACUGUAACCAUUUCAGACCCUAGCAGUGCAACAUAUAAUGGAAGCAUCUGUGGUGAUCAUCAGAAUGGUUCCAAAAUUGAGGUGCAAUUUGGAUCUGGUUUUUCCUGGACUGCGAAAUUUACAAAGGACGUGUCUACUUAUUUAAUUGAAAGUAUCUCAUUUUCCUAUAACACUAAUGAUAGCACAACAUUUCCUGAUGCUAAAAAGAAAGAAAUUUUUACAGUUCAUGAACCUGUGGCACUCAAAAUUCCAUUGGAUGAGAUCUUUAGAUGCAAUAGUAUAUUGACUUUAGGAAUGAAAGAUGUUGUCCAGCACUAUUGGGCUGUUCAUGUACAAGCUUUUGUCCAAAAUGGCACAGUGAGCACAAAAGAGUUCCUGUGUAAUGAAGAUAAAACUUCAACCACUGUUGUGCCCAUUACUCCCACAACUUUACCAUCUCCUACUCCUACUACAACACCUGCUCAAAAGGAAAAGCCAGAGAUUGGAUCCUAUUCAGUUAAUAAUACCAAUGGUACUUGUCUUAUGGCUUCUAUGGGGCUGCAGCUGAACGUGACUCAAGAUAAGGUUGUUACAGUUAUUAACAUCAAUCCAAAUACAACUGACUUCACUGGCAGCUGCCAUUCUCAAACUGCUCUGCUUAGGCUAAACAGCAGCAACAUUAACUAUCUUGACUUUGUCUUUGCUGUGAAAAAUGAAAACCGAUUCUAUCUGAAGGAAGUGAAUGUCAGCAUGUAUUUGGUUAAUGGCUCUGUUUUCAGCACUGCAAAUAACAACCUUAGCUACUGGGAUGCCCCCCUGGGAAGUUCUUAUAUGUGCAACAAAGAGCAGACGAUUUCAGUGUCUGGAGCAUUUCAGAUAAAUACCUUUUAUCUAAGGGUUCAGCCUUUCAAUGUGAAAGAAGGAAAGUAUUCCACAGCUGAAGAAUGUUCUGUGGACUCUGACCUCAACUUUCUUAUUCCUGUUGCAGUGGGUGUGGCCUUGGGCUUCCUUAUAAUUGUUGUCUUUAUCUCUUAUAUGAUUGGAAGAAGGAAAAGUCGUACUGGAUAUCAGUCUGUGUAGCCAAUUAAAUUUAGUGCAAUUGGUUGUUUGAGAUAUGCAGACUAACCUCAGUGAAUUGCUAGCUAACUUGGGCUUGAGUAGCACUUAUUUAAGGAAAAAAAGUUUUAAGACCAAUUUCCUUUGUUUUUAUAUUUUUCCUUUCUUUGUUAAAGUAUAAUUGAAAGAAAAAUUGUGGCUUAGAAUAUGUUUUUUUAGUAAGAAAUAAUUUUAAGCCUCUUGAUCUAAUUAUGAAAGCAUAUCUACUGAAGUAUAAUUUUAUAUGUUGCAGUUACUUGUAUUUUGCUACUUUGACAUUAUUUGCAGAAUCAAAGCUGUUAGAGAAUUUAACUUGCUUUAGGAAAUAAAUUUAAGAAAAUAGUGAAUUCAUUUUUGUGGGAGGCAAACAAAAUUUGGUUCAUAAUAAGACUUCCUUUCCCAACCUCCUGAUCAGGAUUAUUUAAAUCUGUGUUUUUCUGCCUGUUAAUAAAGGAAGGAAAGAAAUGGCUUCACAAAACUGUGUUCAAUAGCAAAAGUCUGGCUCUUCACUGUUAGUGGCUACUAUAUUUUAAUGAGGAUGCCUUUUUCUUUUCCUUUGGAGUUUAGACUAUACUGAUUAUACAGACUUGACAUUUAUGCCAAAGGAUGAAGUAAGAUCUUUGUCUUUUUUUUUAAGGUGUUGAUAUAGAGUGGGUUAUGGUUUUUUUAGGGUUAUGAUUUAGAAUGUUUUUUUUUUUCCUUUAGAGCCUUAACUUGUUCAGAAAGUUAAUCUGUCCUU